UUUUGGGUGAUUUCUAAACCAGUGUGCACGGUUCAACGGAUCAAAAACUGUGAACCUCUUAUUUUGAAGUCGGUUAAAAAUGGAGAGUGUUCGAAAAGAUACAAUGUUGAAGUUUAACCCUGAUUCUUUGGAGGAGGUCAGGAAAGAACUGAAUUUGGAGAAGCCGGGAAGAAUUGAUGAAGCUAUCGAUAUUUUGGAUAGCUGGGUGAAGAAGCAGCCGCAUUUUAUGAAGAAGGAUUUUUCCAGAGAUUACUUAGAAAGAAUACUGAUCACGGCCAAAGGUCUUGUGGAGCGAGCUAAAGAGAGACUAGACAAAUUAUGCACUUUCAAAACACUGAUGCCUGAAUUCUUCAAUGUUAGCGACGAUAUAAAAAAAGAAAUGGAACCGUUGCAGGAAUUGAUUCAUGCAGGCCACUUACCUCAGAUGACGCCGGAACACUAUCGAGUUUUCAUUUGUAAAUUAACAUCUGAAAACUUGGAGGCUGCGUCGUUCUUUUGUUUCUACAGAUAUAUGACUAUGCUUUGCGAAUACUUCUUACAAGCAGAAUACUGCAAGGGCUUCCAAAUUAUAUUAGACUACUCUCAAAUUAAUAUCCUGAGUUUUGUUACCAAGGUCAAUCCUAUGGAACUGAGACAAAUCAUCACUUUGAUGACUGAAGGAUACGGCUGCAGAAUCAAAGGCGUCCACGUAAUCUCGUCUUCCAAAAUGGUGGAUACCUUAAUAACUAUGCUGAAGCAAGUCUUCAGCGCCAAGUUGGCAGAUAGGAUACAUUUGCACAAAACUCCUGAAACCCUGUCUGAGUAUGUGCCUAAAGAUAUGAUGCCUUCGGAUUAUGGUGGCAAGGAGAUGGCGCUACUGGAUUUAAAUAAGGCCUGGUUAAAAGAGAUUAGCUCCAAGGAGUUUUUAGCCUACAUGAACGAGAUGAACAAGGCCAGUACAAACGAAUCUUGCAGACAAUCAGACAAAUUCAAUGAGCAUUAUAUUGGCAUGCCUGGAUCUUUCAGGGCUUUGAGUGUCGAUUAAUAUACAAAAAUGAACAUUAUUCCUGUACAUUUAAGAUCGCUUUUUGUAAAGCAUGUAGUUAUAUCGGCGUGCCUGGUUCAUCUAGGCUUUUGAGUGUCUAUGAAUUGUCAAAAAUAAACUUUAUGUAAGUCGUUUUUAAGGUUUGUUUUUGUAAAGCAUGCCAUGACAUCGGCCUGCCUGGGUCAUUCAGGGCUUUGAGUGUCGAUUAGUUAUCAAAAAUAGACUCUAUUCUUGUGGAUUUAAGGUCGCUUUUUGUAAAUCUUGUUCAAAAGGAAGCUUGUUUAAGACUACUUUGAUCCUAAGCUAACUGACCUGUAUUUUUUUUAGUGACCAUAUGAUAUGUAAUAUCUAAAUUACAAUUUUGUACUUACAAAUCAAACUCAGGACAAUUAAAUGUGUACAACUAAAUGUGAGAAAACUGGUACCCAUAAUACAAGUUAAAUCUUACCUUGGGUACCAGAGUUCAAACAAAUACUUACUACAUAUUGUGUUAUAUUGCAUACGUUACUCCCUUAUGGGCUCUGUUUAUUUUUUUUUUCUUUUGUAAGUGUUUUUAUGUUCACAAUUUUAUGUCAAUAAAAAUUUAUUUAUUUA